UUACAGCCUUUGGUCUUGCUCAAAAUCACUAAACCGUUAGAUUUUCAGCACGUGUCUUGGAGUCACACACAAAUUUCUGGUACGUAAAAGCCGUCUUCUUUCUCUUCCUCCUGAGUUUUCUACCUGUUCUUCCACUUCUUCUUCUCUAAUUAGCUGAAACCCUCCAAAAAUUUGCUUGAUUUUCACUAUUUUUUAGCUUAAAAACUCAAAAAGUUGAAGCUUUCAGCUCAAAACGAAGUACCCUUAAACCAGCUAUGAUUGACGAGAUGAAGGAAGAGUGGGUGUCAGAUAUGCUUCCACACUUGCAGACUUAUCGCAUUGUAGGUUAUUAGUUAAUUUUUUUUUAAAAAAAUAUUAUUUAUGAGAAAUAUUUAGUUAACAACAUCAGUUAAAUAUGUAUAUCAGUUAUGUAUAUAUAUUUCAAGCUCUCUAAUUGAGCUAAAGCAAUGAUGAACUUAUCAUACCGUAAUUACACUUCUGCUGCGGCAUUCGACCAGGUUCUGACUCUUCUCCAUUACAUUAAGCUCUCAAUCAUCAACAACUCUCUGAAACUCAAUCAAAAAACCCAUGCUCGAAUUCUCAUUCUUGGCCUCUCACAAAACCCUUUUCUUGCCACAAAGCUAAUGUCUGCAUACUCUGUUUUUGGAAACUUAACCGAUUCAAAGCUCGUUUUUCAGAUGUUUAACCACAAGAAUGUGUACUUAUGGAAUACUUUGAUUAAUGGGUAUGUAAGGAAUAGUGAAUAUAUUAAAGCUUUUGAGUAUUUUAAAGAAAUGUGUUGUUGUUGUUGUUGUUGUUGUGAUGAUUAUACACUUGCAACUAUGGCUAAAGUUUCAGGUGAAAUGCGAAACUUGGUGGCUGGGAAAUUGGUCCAUGGGAGGAGUGUAAGAGUUGGGUUUGAUUCUGACAUUGUUGUUUCGAAUUCAUUAAUGUCAAUGUAUUGUAAGUGUUCGAGUUUUGGUGAUUGUCGAAAGGUGUUCGAUGAAAUGCCUCAGAGAAAUGUGGGUUCUUGGAGUGUGUUUUUAGCUGGGUAUGUUGGUUUUGGGAAGCGGAGUUUUGAUCAAGAAUUGUUGGGACUGAUUAAAUGUAUGCAGAUUGAUGGGAUGAAGCUUGAUGGGUUUACGAUUUUGAGUAUUUUGCCUUUGUGCGGUGUUGAUUCCAGGAAAUGGCCUGAUUAUGGUGGAGAGCUUCAUUGUUAUAUUGUAAGGAAUGGAUUGGGUUUUGAUGUUCAUCUAGGAUGUUGUUUAAUUGAUAUGUAUUCGAAGAGUGGAAGAGUUUUCGAGGGUAGACGAGUUUUCGAUCAAAUGAGGAGUAGAAAUGUGUAUACUUGGACAGCAAUUAUCAAUGGUUACACAAAGAAUGGAGAUUCAGAUGAAGCUUUAAGUCUUUUCCAUGAGAUGCAAGUGAAAGAUGGUAUAGAACCGAAUAGGGUAACUCUUUUAAGUGUUCUUCCUGCUUGUAACUCUCAUGGUUGUUUAAGAAUUGGCAAACAAAUUCAUGGUUUUGUAGUAAGGAAAGUACUGAAUUGUAAUGUGUCUUUAUCCAAUGCUUUGAUCGAUAUGUAUUCAAAAUGCGGGAGCUUAGAUCUUGCUAUACGAGUUUUCGAGGAUGAGUCGUUUUGUAAAGACGCAAUCUCUUGGACUUCAAUGAUUUCGGGGUAUGGAUUACAUGGAAAGGGCGAGGAAGCUUUGUCAUUGUAUUCUAAGAUGGUUCUUCAAGGGUUAAGUUUGGAUACAAUAACAGUUGUAGGGAUUCUUUCAGCUUGUGGAAGAUCGGGUUUGAUCGAUGAAGGGCUUAAAAUCUAUGACUCAGUGAUUAAUGAUCAUGGAAUCAAACCAACAGUUGAGAUCUGUGCUUGUGUUGUGGACAUGCUUGGCCGAUCAGGGCAACUCGAUCAAGCACUAAAUUUCAUCGAAGGAAUGCCUGUUAAACCCGGGCCAAGUGUUUGGGGAGCACUUGUUAGUGCUUCUGUCAUACAUGGGAACACUAAGAUGCAAGAACUAGCUUAUAGAUUUCUUAUCGAAAUAGAACCCGAGAAUUCCUCAAAUUUUAUUUCGAUAUCGAAUUUGUAUGCUUCUUCAAAACAAUGGGAUGUUGUUGCUGAUGUAAGAACAAAGAUGAGAGAAAGUGGGAUGAGGAAGGAACCUGGGUGUAGUUGGAUUAACAUUAAUAGUACCACUCAUUGUUUUUAUGUUGCAGAUAAAGCUCAUCCAUGUUCAUACUCAAUUUAUGAAAUGCUUGAGAACCUUAAAUUUGUUAUGAAGGGUUCAAAUCAGUCAUCUUCUGAUAAUGAAAUUCAAACAUAGAUUUUGGCUUUAGUGAUUUAAGAAAAUUUGAUUGAAAGCAAAUUGAAUAAAUCUGUCUGUACAUUAAACAAGUCUAUUUGGCCUUAUCUAUUUGAAAGAUAAAUGAAAAUCAAAGAAAAACUAAGCAAAUGUUGAAAAGUA